AUGCUUCGAGACACUCUUUCCACAGUGCCUGCCAUUUCUGCACACCGGCGAGCGCCCCUCUGUGUUUACUCUGAACUGCCGGGCAUAUGUUCAAAGCGCAACACACCACACAGUGCCAUCGCUCAGGAGGCUGCGGCCAGGAUGCACGACGACCUAGCCGGAAGAACACAAGUCUAUUCAGAUGGCUCUGUGCUACGAGACCGCUCAGCUGCGGCCGCCUGCAUUGCCCCUGAGCUCGGCAAAGCCCUGCAGUGCCGCCUCAGCUUCUGUGCCUCCUCGACUACCGCAGAACUCGUUGGCUUGCAGCUGGCUGCUGACCUCCUUCGUAAGACAUCUACCAUCAAGAACGCUGCGAUUUAUUGUGACUCAAGGUCAGCUCUGCGACAACUCAUGAAGGAGGAACCCGGCUCGCCACUUUCACAGCGUGUUGCGCACAGCCUGCGGUCGGUUCAGGAGCAUGGCUGUGAUGUUGUACUCCAGUGGCUUCCCUCCCAUGUUGGCAUCGCGGGAAAUGAGGCUGCCGACGAUCUGGUUAAACAGGCGCAUUCCUCCGCGACCCCAUUGACACCAUACGCCAACUCUUUCGAUUCCGCGCGAUGUAAUUUUCGAGAAUUACAGCGCGACCACCCAGACGAGCGGGUCGCCGAUGGACGCCCCCCUCCUCUUCUCCCCAUGGCUGGCUUCUCCCGGCGAGAGCGCGCCCUCCUCUUUUCCCUGCGGACUGGCUCAGCAUGGACGGGGGAACGAAAACAGCGGCUGCGGGGAGCUCCUUCGUCAGCUUGCAUCGACUGCGGCGCUGUUGAAACACUUUUUCACCUGCUGUGCGAGUGCCCCACAUCUGCCUGUGCAAGGAAGCAGCUAGCCACCCGCUACCGCCUUCUCGGCCUGCCCUGUGAGACCCUCGAGGACAUCCUCUUUCCCACCGGCUGCAGCGAUCGUCGCCGUAAUGCCCUUGCCGCCCUUCUCUCCUUCAUCGACGCUGCCGGCCUCGGCGAGCGGCUUUAA